AUGCGCAAUUGGAAGGCCGUGUCCGCCAAUGUCAUGACACACCGAGACUGGGACAUGAUCGGGCUCGAAGAUGUAAUUGGUGCAACGACGACGGUCACGACCGCGCUUGUACGGCUGGUCGAGAAGUGCGGAGAGUGGCAAUUCACUUCUCUUGCAACGCUGCGUACAGUCCUGGCUAAUCGCAUCUGCGUGCGCGAAAUGAAUGAGCUCAGUGAACCGUCUGGCUGGUGGUUCAGGUACGGGUUCGUGCUGCUCCGGCAGUUCAACGCUGGUAUUAGCCCGAGCGAUGCACAACGUGACUGCCUAGCCCAUAUCGGCAACCGUGGGGCUCUGCGCCUCAAUCAUGGGACAACCACAGCCCAGCGUCACGGUCGUUUAUUGAGAUACCCAAUGGAAUCCUCGCGCCUCGCCCCCCUGCACCCGUCAACCUCUGGGCCUCCCUCACCGUUCCGGAGACGACCGCGAUUGUCCACUGGUUCGACGCCCCUGAACGCGGACUCAACCUCACCUCCGGCACGUCAGCGCACAUCUCCGACAACUACAUCUACCAUUGGCAUCGGCGCAUGGCGCCCCGCCAAAGCCGACGCGCUCGCGUACGUCGCAGACCCGGGGAACACCGCGCCUCCCGACCGCUACGCGCGGGUGACGAUUCACCAUGGCGCGGUGGAGGUCCCGAAGGUGCAGGACUAUCUGGUGGGCCCGCUACCGAGGUGCCGUACAACGUGCGGGUCACACGACCCUCGCGGAGAUCCAGCCGAUCCAAUUGACGUGAUGCCCAAGAUGGCAGAGGCAACUCAGGUGCGCGCGACAGGCCCGCAGGGCUUCGAUGGCUCGUUCCACCGAGGCUGGGUUAACUGGCGGCGGAACGUCCCCGGGCUAUCAUUCUCUGAAGCAUUCCGGUUGACGCGCGGGCUGAUCGUAUACAACCACCAGGUGUUCGAGUCUGUAGACGACUUCAUGGGCGCAUUCCGGAACGGGACGCUCACGCGCCUCCCCGCGCGCCCGGACAGCCGCGACGUCGACUGGACGACGUGCACGCGGCCUGACAGCGCCCGCCGCGACCUGGAUCAUCUCCUCGGGCUGCGGUCGGUGUCGUUUGCUGGGCUGCGCUUCCGGGUGGAAAGCAAGACGCAGUACUCCGUGGGACAUCACCGCGGCGAGCGCGUCAUCUACGAGAUGCGCAUCGUCUUCGGCCGCCAUCACCACCUCCAGUUCAACGAGAUCCCCGCGUCCAAGACCUUCGCUGAACCCGGAAAGACCACCGUUUACUACGAUGAUUCCCAGACAAUCGACCUCGACACUGUCCCCCUCAACGGCAGUUUCCUCGCUAAGACGGCUGUAUUCAGCAUUGACCCUUUCAUGCGCGGCCGGAUGCGCGACCCAAGCAUCGGUUGUGUUGUGCCAUUCUAUGUAGGUCAGCUCUCACGUUGGGUCCUGACACUCCACGAGGCUAAACGGCUUCACCGGUGGACGUGUUCUACGCUCCGAGAAUGCAGCUGUCAAAGAUGGUGA